GGAAGGGCGUGCAAACACGACAUCGACAAAGAGUACCACGUUAGUAGUGGCCAAUGGUCGGUUGGUAAUGUUCACUAGCUGCACAAACACACGUACACUCCCCCUUCCAUCUCUCUUUCAAUCCAAGUCUUCCUCUCUUUAGUACUCGACAAACUCUAAAGCUAAAGCAAAACCCCAUUACUCUCUCAAUCUUUCGAAGCCAAAACAAAUCAAAGACCACCACUACUACUCUAUCUUUCUCUCCGAUAUGAGGAAACUUUGUCCAAAUUUUGAUCGUGAAGAUGGGCUCGAGACAGUUCUCGAGGUUCCAAUCCCUGAAGAAAUGUUUGCUUCAAACAAGCAUAGUAAUAGGUCAUGGCAAAACAUGAAAGCCUGGAUGAGACCACACAGCGAAAGGUCCAUGACAACUCUUUUUGGAGGCAAAAACACUGAGAUUCAACUCUUGCUUGGUGUUGUUGGUGCUCCUUUGAUCCCUCUUCAAAUCCGUUGUGAUCACCAGCUCAGCAACUGUAACAUCAAAGACCAGCCUAUUGAGGCAUCCAUGGCAAAAUACAUAGUGCAACAAUACAUAGCAGCAGUGGGAGGAGAGAGGGCUCUGAAUUCUGUGGACAGCAUGUAUGCCAUGGGGAAAGUUAAAAUGGAAGCAUCAGAAUUUUGUGCAGGUGAAGGGAGCUUGAACAGCAAUAAGGUGCUGAGAGUGAAGAAUCAGAAUCAUGGAGGUGGAGAAAUGGGAGGGUUUGUUCUAUGGCAAAAAAGGCCUGAUUUGUGGUGCUUGGAAUUAGUGGUCUCUGGGUGCAAAAUUAGUGCUGGCAGCGACGGUAAGGUUGCUUGGAGGCAAACCCCAUGGCACCACUCUCAUGCAUCUAGAGGCCCACCUAGGCCUCUCAGACGUUUUCUCCAGGGUCUUGAUCCAAAGUCUACAGCCAACUUAUUCUCCAAUUCUGUUUGCACUGGCGAGAAAGCAAUCAACAAUGAAGACUGUUUCGUGCUAAAACUUGAAGCUGAACCCUCUUCACUAAGAGCAAGAAGCAGUAGCAAUGUAGAAAUAAUUAGACACACGUUAUGGGGCUACUUCAGCCAACGAACGGGUCUGUUGGUCCAAUUAGAAGACUCUCACCUUCUAAGGAUUAAAGCUUCAGGCAAUGACAGCAUUUUUUGGGAGACCACAAUGGAGUCAACAAUUCAAGACUACCGAACCAUAGAUGGGAUUAACAUAGCAUAUAAGGGUAGGACUUCGGUCUCAUUGUUCAGGUUCGGUGAGACCUCCGAGAGUCAUUCAAGGACAAGAAUGGAGGAGGUUUGGGCUAUUGAAGAAGUUGAUUUUAACAUAAAAGGAUUGUCCAUGGAUUGCUUUUUGCCACCCAGUGACUUAAAGAAAGAGGAAGAAGGUUGUGAUAAUGUUGUGAUUAGCAACAAUGCAAGAUUACCAUUCAAGAUUCGAUCAGCGUCUUCUAGGAUUAAUGCAUCUAAGGUUGCUGCUGUCGAUGACGUUCAUGACUCAGAUGAAAAUGAAGAUGAGGAUGACCAAUAGUAGCAAAUCUGUCUUGUUCUGUAAAUAUUCACACAACUAUAUGCAUUUUAAUAAUUUAGCAAAUCUCUUCUGUUCUUGAUCAAGCGGCCACACAAGACGAGUAAAUGGUAGAGUGUGGCAUUUUACCAUUCUCUAUUCAUUGCAUUUCGUUGGAUUGUUGGGCUUGCUUACCUGCUAAUUUUAGGAUCAUAUUUUGUUUUUGGAUUAAAUUUCAUCUUGUAAAAUUUCAGGAUAAAACUUCGCUAUUUUUAGCUUCUACA